AGUGUAAAUUGACACAGAGAUGGCGCUUGUGUCACUAUGGCCACGUAAGUUUUGUUAUGACAUGAGUUACAAUUUCGGGUGACGUUUAAAAAAAGGGGGAUUCGUGGUUUUAACGUUAGUUUAGUUGGUUUUAAAUGAAUGUAGGUGUGAUAAUGAGUGAAAAACUGUGCCUAUGGCUUGUUCUUUUGGUGAUUGUGAACGUGUGCAGAACGUUAGCGACCGAACUAACCUUCGAGUUGCCGGAUAGCGCGAAAGAGUGCUUUUUUGAAGAUAUUGAGAAAAAUACAACAGCUACGUUAGAAUUCCAGGUAGUAACUGGUGGUCAGUACGAUGUAGAUGUUUCACUUCAAGAUCCAAAGAAAAAAAUUAUUUAUAAUCAAGUAAAAACCCAAUUUGAUUCACACACGUUCACAGCGGAGUCCACAGGAAUUUACACGGUGUGUUUCAGCAAUGAAUUUUCAACGUUUUCGCAUAAGUUAGUUUAUAUGGAUUUUCAAGUUGGAGAAGAAGCCCCUUUACCUGGUAUUGGAGAGCAUGUCACUGUUAUGACUCAAAUGGAGUCUUCAGCUCAGGAAGUUCACAAAUCGCUAAAUACAAUUGUUGAUUUUCAAACGCAUCAUAGGUUAAGGGAGGCUCAAGGAAGGAAACGAGCAGAAGAUCUUAAUGAACGAGUUUUGUUGUGGUCUAUUGUUGAAACUUUGGCCAUUUUGCUUAUUGGACUUGGGCAGGUGUUUAUUUUAAAGAAUUUCUUUACAGAUAAAAGGCCAUUUCAACCUUUGAAAUAGUUUCUGAUUGCAAAAGAACAAUACAGUAAAGAAAUAAAAGGUGUUAAUAUAUUAGUACAA